AUGGCUGCAAGCUGGCCGCUCAGUGAAGCAGACGUCGUGCACUCUACUACUCAGCAGACGGUCUCUCGCAGGCGACAGUCGCUGCGGGUGCCUACUUGUCCUUUCAAGAGGUUCAGAACCGUAUCCGCCACAAUCAUCUGUCCCCUGGAUCGGCUCACAAGGCUCAGCCACCCUGGUUACAUCGACAAGGCAGGGAUUUUUACCAUCAUUGAGAUCGACAGGUCAACCUUGACCGUUCGAUUUCGAUCUGUGUUUGAAAUCCCUCAGGUCAUCAGGAGUUCACAAAGAGGCUCAGAGUAUCCUGUCGCAAUCUGUGCAGCACCCGACAUCUGGGUCAUCUCAGACGGCGGCGGUCAGCUCUUUGUGGUGCGAACCCCACAAACAGCAGACCAGGCAGAGCUGUUAGCUCAGCACGACUAUAUCGUCGAUAACGAACCAAAACCCUGUAGAAUGCAUGCAGCGUGCAUGCGUAACGAGUCAAUACUCAUCAUUGUGUCCAGCCGAGGUCAGGUCGAAAAGGCCGCCAGUGGCAGGCCCUCGAUGACCUUUCAUCUGGCAACGUUGCGAAUUCUCAUUCCAGAUGGGCCACCAAUGGACACCAGAUCUUCUCUGUAG